AUGGAGUCUAGUCUGUUUCUGCAUCUACUGCCAUUCUUCUUCGUCGUUCAUUUUGCAACCGUUUAUGGUACAACAGCUACUUAUGAAGAUAUCGAUGAAUGCACAAAUAACAGUAAACGACAUACUUCGUUGUCUAAAAAUUAUAUUCGACCCUGUUACUUCACUAACUGGGCACAGUAUCGUCAAGGCAGAGGUAAAUACGUUCCAGAAGAUUAUGUACCUGGUCUUUGUACGCAUAUACUUGUUGCAUUUGGAUGGAUGAACGAAAAUUUCACUGUUCGCGCCUACGAUCCAGCUGAUUUACCAAACAGUUGGGCUGGUGAAGGAAUAUAUGCUAGAAUAAAUAAGUUGAAAUUGAUCGACAGAAAUUUGAAGACAUUACUUUCUUUUGGUGGAUGGACUUUUGGUAUACGUUUGUUUCAGCAAAUGGCUGAAACUUCGUACGGAAGAGCGGUUUUUAUUCAUUCAGCAAUAUCGUUCGUUCGGCUUCAUAAUUUUGAUGGAAUUGACAUUGACUGGGAAUAUCCACAAACCAAAGACGAUCGGAUCAAUUAUUCGUUGUUGAUAAAAGAAUUACGGCAAGCCGUAGAAAGUGAAGCACUAAAAACCCGUCAAGAACCGCUUCUGAUCACUGCAGCAGUAUCAGCUGGGGAAAAUACAAUGAAGAAUGCUUACGAUAUUCCAGAAAUUUCAAAAUACUUUGAUUUUGUUUUGCUGAUGUCGUACGAUUUUCACGGGGGCUGGGAGCCUGAAACCGGAUUUAACAGUCCUCUAUAUGGCCGACAGGAUGAAGUUGAUUGGCAAAAGAACUUGAAUGUGGAUUUUGCUGCUCGGUAUUGGGUGAGCCACGGCAUGCCUGCUCAAAAACUGAUUAUUGGGAUACCAGCUUAUGGCAGAGGUUGGACUCUGAAAGACCCAAUAAUCAGCGGUCUGGGAGCGCCAGGUACAGCGUCUAGAGCCACAAAGUAUGUCGGAGAAGCUGGCGUAGUGGCGUAUUACGAAAUAUGCGAAAUGCUAGCGAAUGGAGCAGAGCGAUACUGGAGCGAUGAGCAGCAAGGUCCAUAUUUGGUUCAAGGUGAUCAGUGGUUUAGCUACGAUGACGAAGAGUCUAUUCUUGUUAAGAUUGAAUGGUUAAAGCGCAAUGGAUAUGGUGGAGCUUUCGUGUGGACCUUAGACUUCGACGACUUUAACGGCCAGUGUCCAAAUGGCAAUGGUGUAGCGUAUCCAUUGAUUAACAUUAUUGCGCGAGAAUUAGGAGGCAUUGAGAUACCAACCGUAAUAAUUAAUACUCUCUUCAAGCCGUCGCGCCUAUUCAAUGGAAUGUCCACCAGGGCUGGAAUUCAGUCAAGAAUUAGUGUACUGUACGGAGGUACAAAUUAUUUAGUUAUUUGUGAUAGUAAAGAAUUCUCAUGCACGGAAGAUGGUUUUUAUCCGGAUAAUGAAGAUUGUACGCGGUUCUACCGAUGCGUUGGAGGCAAGGAUUAUUCGUUUUCCUGCCCAGACGGACUGAACUUUGAUGUCGUAAUGCGUAUGUGUGAUCAUCCAGACAAAGCCACUUGUUCCUAA